AUGGACAUAGAACAGAGCAGCCGCAAGCGCAAACUUUCGGAUCUGGAGCUCUCAGACGAUGACCCCGAUACCUCCCUUCCGGCAAAGCGCCCGGAUCAGGAACUCUUCCCAGAGAUACCCGUAAACACAGUCGACACAUUCAGAUCUGACCUCAGCGGCGCGGGAGAUGCCACUGAUUUCUGUGAGCUGUUCGAAGACAAUCAUGACAAUGGGUCUGAUCAGCCGACGAACAAUACCACCCCAGCCAUCGACGAUGCCUUCACACCCGCAUCAAUUGACGAUAGUGAGGACACAGCCUACUCCUCGCCAGUGGCCUUGCAGCAUCCUACGGUGUGGGCCAAGACUAGAAGUGCUUUGUGUGAUGCGCUGCCUUACUUCAGGUGUCACGAAGGUGGCAACUACCACAUCGACAGAGUGACAUUGGGACUUCUGCUUGACUCGAAUGGUUCUCCGCGGGACUACAUGGAUGGCACAGUAAUCAUCACUGCAGUUGGUGGUGGAAGAGUGGCCAUAGACAAAACGGGCAAGAGGGCCUCAGUCGAGGACCAAGAUGAGAGCGCUCGGAACUACCAGUAUCUGAAGGCGACCAUGCCAAACCAAAAUGCGUCUGAUGAGAGCCCAGGACGAACUGUCGUUGUCAUUGCUGGGAAAAACAACGAUCAUGCCAAUGUCUCUGAAGAAUACUGUGUCUUGGGAGAGUAUCAGGUGACGGAUCUGUGGCUGGAGAAGUUUCCCGACUCGGUACAAACUUCUGUAGCUGUGGCCUCUUGGAUGGUGAGGCUUGAAAAAGUCGAAUUCAAUAAGUCGUCAUGGUUCAAGCCGAAGUCCACCAGUCAUGAUGUUGUCGCUGGUCAGUACAAAUGUCCAUCCCUUGAAUGCAUCAGCUGCGGCAAAGAAUCGAAGCAGAUAUACGACAAGGGCUGGGCCUGUCUACACAACACGUGUGCUCGAGCUUUCAUCUUCCAGGUUGUUUCAAAUGGACAAGUGGAGGAGAGACGAUUGGGCUUUAAUGAGAUUCAGUACAGUGCCGAGUUUCUGUAUGAGCGGACGCUUCUUCCGGCCGAGGCCACCCGGCAGGAUCUUAUCCCACCUCUCCCCACCAUCGACAACAGCAUUAGCUUCGGUACGGAAGCUGAGUUCAAGAGAGGAAUGGUAUGUCCUCUCUGCAAAUGCGCCAGCCGCCGCAUCUCCUGGCAUGGCUGGAAGUGCGAGAAUACCGAAAGUUGCAACUUUACGCACAUGGUGCAAACGCGACCCUAUCCUCUUCAGGAAAUUGCGCGGGAGACCCGCAAGGUAAAGUCCAGGUACAAGCAAGGCUCAUUCACAGAUUCACUGGUGAAGUGUUAUGAUCGACUUCUUGAGGGUUAUGCUACUCAGGUAUACACCUUCCCUGAUGAGGCAGGCCAGACUUGUGGAACUGCCAUAGUUCUUCGAGCUACAGAAGAAAUCUGUGCCAAAGAGGACGGACCAGACGCCUUGUACAUGGCAAUGCAAGAUCGAAAUGUCGAUCUCAAACUUGAGCGCAGUGCUGCCAGGCACACCGGCAAGCGCCACGAGGAGCUUUGCUCCCAUUUCACCAGCAAUUUUGGGGCACCUUACAAGUUUGGUGUGGCUGUAAAAACAGUCGCGUUCAGAGACGCACCAGAACCGAUCCUCCGUGGUGUUUCCCAGCUGAGCUGGGCACAAAGGGUGAGCAUAGAGGACACCAAGUCUAUGAUUGAAGAAGAGGGUAUCACAUACUCCUCGACGUCUAUGACUUUGAAGUCCGAGCCUUUUAACGAACUUCUCGCCUUGGGCUACUUUGAGAGCUCUGUCAUCAAUUAUCACGAUGAUGGAGAGAAGGAUUUGGGACCGACUGUUGCUACACUCUCGCUUGGGUCUCCAUCGAUCAUGCGUUUCCGACCAAAGAAGAAAAGCAAGGUCGGCCCUGAAGUAAAGAACCUGAGAAGCUUGAAACCUGCUGUUGUUUCAAUUCCUCUCUACCAUGGCGAUAUUGUCAUAAUGCACGGAACAGAGCUGCAGAAGAACUACGAGCACGAAGUGAAGCCCAAGGGAAAGCUUCGGUUUGCCAUGACAUCUCGGUACAUCAUGUCGAACUCCUGGAGCGAAGAAAGACGACAGGAUACCAUGGAAAAAAGCAAGCUUCCUCUAGACUUUGAGAAGUUGGCUUACGGCGGCGUCACCAUUGAUAUUCAAAGCUAG